GACUCGCCCCUGUAUCCCUCCCCGCCUCCCCUGCUCUGGCCUAAGAUGACGCUGACUUCACCCAGCAGGCACCUGACCCUCCCCGAGGAGCUGGGAGGGCCUGAAGCACAAGUGCACAGCCCUGGUGGGGACAGAGGUUAAGGAGGAAACAAUAUUUAAGAUGCUCAGUUUGCAGAGCAUUCAGGCUUGGGAAGGAGGGCUUUGAGAUACCCAAUUAAGCUCCACUUUCAGAAACUCUGAAUGCUCUGAGGAGGACUAAGAAAGAGCAGAGAAAGGAAGAAAACAAGGAAGUGGUGAGACCAUCAGGAGCGAAGGUAAAAGGUAAUACUUUGCUGCUGCUUCGCAAACGUCAACUGGUACAUCCAGAUUCCCUUAAAGGAAGUUCCUUCCUCAGCAAGCCCAAGGAAGAUGCUGAAAAAGACUCUCUCAGCCAUGACCUGGCUCUGCAUUCUUAUUGUGGCCUUUGCCAGCCACCCAGUGUGGCCACAGAAGCCCCCUAGGCACAAGACACCUGCACAGCUCAAAGGGGCAGCCUGCUGUGAGGAGGUGAAGGAGCUCAAGGCCCAAAUUGCCAACCUAAGCAGUCUGCUGAGUGAACUGAGCCAGAAGCAGGAGAGAGACUGGGUCAGCGUUGUCAUGCAGGUGAUGGAACUGGAGAGCAGCAACAAGCGCAUGGAGUUGCGGCUCACAGAUGCCGAGACCAAGUAUUCUGAAAUGAACAACCAGAUUGACAUUAUGCAGCUGCAGGCAGCACAGACUGUCACUCAGACCUCGGCAGAUGCCAUCUAUGACUGCUCUUCCCUCUAUCAGAAGAACUACCGCAUCUCUGGACUGUAUAAGCUUCCUCCAGAUGAUUUCCUGGGCAGCCCUGAGCUGGAGGUGUUCUGUGACAUGGAGACCUCAGGUGGUGGCUGGACCAUCAUUCAAAGACGAAAGAGUGGCCUUGUCUCCUUCCACCGGGACUGGAAACAGUACAAGCAGGGUUUUGGCAGCAUCCGUGGGGACUUCUGGCUGGGGAAUGAACACAUCCACAGGCUCUCCAGAAGGCCAACUCGGCUACGCGUGGAAAUGGAGGACUGGGAAGGCAACGUGCGCUAUGCUGAGUACAGCCACUUUGUUCUGGGCAAUGAGGUAAACAGCUACCGCCUCUUCCUGGGGAACUACAGUGGCAAUGUGGGACAUGACGCCCUGCUCUAUCAUAACAACACGGUCUUCAGUACCAAGGACAAGGACAAUGACAACUGCUUGGACAAGUGUGCACAGCUCCGUAAAGGUGGAUACUGGUACAACUGCUGCACAGACUCCAACCUCAAUGGGGUGUACUACCGCCUUGGAGAGCACAAAAAGCACCCAGAUGGCAUCUUCUGGAAUGGCUGGCAUGGUUCUAGCUACUCCCUCAAACGGGUAGAGAUGAAAAUCCGCCCAGAAGACUUCAAGCCCUAAAAGGAGACCUGCUGUGGAACAGGGAUGCAGAAAUAGAGACAAACGGAGGUUGGGCAAGGGCAGAGAAAGGGAGGAAGAGAGGAUAAAAAGGGUAGGGAUGGAAAAUGGCUUAUAAUCUCCAAGGAGAGAUAUACAUCUCUCAGUAAGACAACAAAGACAUUGAAGAUAAUGGGAUGAGGCAUUUAAUCAUAAUGGGUCCUGAGAGAUACUUCUCAGGGGGCUGCACUGGGUGGGCUCUGCCUGUGGUCCCUGAUAUAACAGCAGCCUGUCUUUGACACAUGAUUUUUCUCUGAAAAAAAAAAAAAAUUGUGAGGUCUCUUAAUCCAUUUUCACGAAAGCCUAGAUAUGUGAGGGCAGAAAACAAAUCAUUUUGCUUAAAAGAACUACAUUACUUUGAUUCUCGAGGGAGAGGCCUUGGGUGUUAGGAAAAGGUGUAAAAGAGGAGGAGGAGGCAGUUUCCAUUUUUAAGUUUAAUGAAAUGUCCUUCAGUCUACACACUUUGUUUUUAAAACGCAAAAACUUCUGCUGGAGCUGAGCUGGCCCAGGUUGACGCUGCUUGGAGAAGGCUCCAGGGACCCAAGCCCCACACUCGGCCUCCAACAGGGCAGAGCCCUCCCGGGAAUGAUGGGGCCCAGCAGUGUCAGAGGAGCACCCACGGGGUGGGGAGAAAGCUCCCAUGAAGCUUGCACAAAACCACCUGAAAAUAUUCACAAUCAGUGUAGACCAAUUUAUUUUACUUAUUGUAAGAAAGGGGCUCAAGGAGCUUCAUUUUAUAUCUUGUCUAUUAAAAAUGUCUGAAAAAUUAAGGGAGAUGGCACUAUGGUUAAAAAU